UAUUUUCCAGACCAGGACGUCGUCAGGCUUUAGAGAUCAGCACAUCUGGGUGUCCAUCGUAGACCCUCCCUGGCGUAGCCCGUUCACCCGAGCACAGAGAGUGUCCUGCUGCAUGAGCCUGCUGCUCUGCACCAUGGCCAUCAACAUCGCCUUCUGGAAGAUCCCCAAAAAACAGCAGUCUCCUGUCAUCUUCACCAUUGGUUCGCUGGAGGUCACUUGGGAGGAGAUCAUGGUGGGGGUGGAAAGCGGUUUGCUCAUGUUCCCCAUCAACAUCCUCAUCAUCACCAUAUUCCGCAGUAUCAAGCCACGAUUCGUCCAACCAAAGGAGAAGAACCACGAUAUGCAGGGCCUGAAACCCCUCGCUGUUACCAUGCCAACCAUUCUUAAGGACACAGAGGAGAUGGUGAAUCUGCUCUGUAAGAGCCAGAAGAACAAAGUGCCUGAGCUAGAGAAGAAGCUGGAGUCAUGCGAUGACCUUUGCUCAGCCUUGGGCAGAGUGCAAGGGGUCAUUCAGCUUAUGCAAGGGUUGAGUGAGAGUGACCCACACUGGGUCUACUGCAGCAAGUUUGUCCUGUACUUCCUCCACCACCUGUCCAUGUGCCUGGAGCGGCUGGAUCAGAGUGCCUUCUCCACCCCAGAGGCCCGUCAACACAUCCUGAACACCGUCCACCUGCUGCAGAAGACGUCCGAGAUGGUUUUCACCAGCCACAUGGCUUACAGUCCUCCCCGUGUUGCUAGGGAGAAAAGGAAAAGCUCAAGCUGCUGGCUGCCCUGGUGGUUUGUGUUUGUGGGCUGGUUCUUGCUCGUCUCCAUCAGUGUUGUGUCCACGUACUUUACCCUGAUGUAUGGCUUUGCCUAUGGGAGGGAGAAGUCCAUCCAGUGGGUUAUCUCUCUGGCCAUGUCCCUCUUCCAGAGCAUCUUCAUCCUGCAGCCUCUUAAGGUAAUUGGUUUGGCGAUCUUAUUUGCCCUCCUCCUCAAACCAGUGGCAGUAGAAGACAGUGAGGAGGUUGGACUACUCCUGAAAGAACAACAGGAGAUGUGUAAAUUGUACUCCGGUAGGGAGAUACACUGAAGAAACACAAUUUAGCUCUACAUGCUGUCUCCAGAGGGUCGAUGGGGUUGGAAGGCCUGAUGCCCUACAACAGACAUCCUCUGCUCUGCUGCACUGACUAUCAAUGUGGCAAACUGAGAAUAUAAGUUAUUUAAAAAUAUAGUUGUUAUGAUUUUAUUGAAUACUUGUUACUCUUAUCUUAUAAGAAAUGUAUAAGGCAUAAUAUGUAUGAAUGUACUGAAAACUACUGUAUCAUUGAAAUUGUAAUAUUUAGUAAUAAGCUGAUAGUUAGAAACUUUUAUUCUUGUGGAUUGUAUGAAGUUACUCAAUGUAUGGAAUUACUCUGUUAUAUUUAUUUCAUCACAAACCGCUGAUAUAUUAUUUUACACUGUACAUUUAUAUUUACUUUUAAGUAACAUACAGUCACCUCCAAAAUCAUUGUCACCCUUGAUAAAGAUGAGCAAAAAAGACUGUAUAAAAUAAAUAAUAGAAAACCAGAGCUAUAUUGAAUCUUUUCUGAGAUUAAAUAACACAUUGGGAACGAACUUAGACCAUUCCUCCAUACAUAAUCUUUCCAGAUCCUUUAUAUCCUACGGUCUGUGCUUAUGGACUGCCCUCUUCAAUUCAAACCACAGGUUUUCAAUGGGGUUCAAGUCCGGAGACUGAGAUGGCCUUUGCAAAAUGUAGAUUUUCUUGGUCAAUUAAUAAUUUCUUUGUGGAUUUUUACGUGUGCUUGAGGUCAUUGUCUUGCUGGAAGAUCCACUUGUAGCCAAGUUUCAGCCUCUUAGUAGAGGCAACCAGGUUUUGGCUAAAAUGUCCUGGUACUUGGUACAGUUCAUGAUACCGUUCGUUGACCUUAACAAGGUCCCCAAGACCAGGAAGCAAAACUGCCUCAUAAAAUCAAAGAUCCACCACCAUAUUUUACAGUAGGCAUGGGGUUAUUUUCUGCAUAUGCAUCUUUCUUUCAAAGCCAAACCCACCACCGGUAUGCGUGGCAAAAGACCUCUAUUUUCAUCUCAUCUGACCAUAGCGCCUGGUGGCAACCCUUCCAAAUAGACUUUUGGCAUGGAAGUGGCAUAUAAUUGUAGAUCUGGAGACCCCAAGAUGCGGUUAUGUUCUGUCAUUCUCCAACUGUGGCCCUUGGACAUUUAUUUUUGUCCCAAACCAUCUUCAUCACUGCGAGUAGGGACAUGAUACACUUGGGUCCUUUACCAGGCAAGUUCACCACUGCUUGAGUGGUUUUAAACUUCUAAAUUGUUUCCCUAAUAGUGAUUAGUGGUAUAUUUGUUUUUUUUGUACCCAUUGCCUGAUUUAUGAAAGCCAACAGCCAUUUUUCUUUUUUCAUUUGUGAGUGCUUUGCCUUUCCCCACGGUGAUGGAUGACAAAGGGAUUUUACAUGUGUGUUACCUCUUUUUUAUACCCCCGUGAAAUGGGAAGCAAUGGAAGAUACAGUUCCUUAGACUGAGAUUAUAAUUUUUUUAAGUAGAAUGUUAAUGCAAAUUGAUUUUAUUGAUAAGAAUCUUUACGGGUGCCAAUAAUUUUGACACCUACAGUAUCUUUUUUAGAUGUUGUUUUUACUUGGUAGCCCUUCCUGCAGUGAAAUGACCUAGUGGCCUCAUGGGUGGAAUGUUAUUCAUAUUUUUCAAAAUUUCAUAAAUAAUAAAAAGCCGUCAAAUCCGGUGUUUCUAUGUCAAACGGUUUUGUUAUAUUUCAGUCUUCUGUGAUGUAUAUUGGGAUGCAAACACACAAUGUAAUACAUUUCAACACUAUAUCUCGCUAUUUUAAGCCCAUAACCAUGUGUGUGUGGUGUAUACUUUUGUUUAAAAGUAGAUUUGUUUAAGACUACCAAGAAACACUGUGUGACCCUGAUUUAGCCCACUGCAGUAAAAGGUUCAACAAAAUCUCUUUCAACUGUAUUAAUAUAAAAUAAUAUCUAUAUUUUUUUAAUAUGAGCAUACAAUAAACCUCAGUAUUUGUAUUAUUUAUUUCAUACAGUCUAUUUUGCUCAUCUUU